AUCUAAUGCAAACUAUUUAGGAAAAUUGGUCGUUUAAAUGUCUGUGGCAAUCUUGUCCAGCGUAGAUCAAAUGCUGUAAAUAUUUAAAGGUCGCCAUGAGGAUCUGCCAAGGACACUUUUGGACAGGAAUCGAUUUAAAGGCUUUGCUGAACAAUUGAUGGGUCAAAUGACAAUAUUUCAUCUUCCCAGCACAACAAGAUAAACAGUAAUUAUGGGAUGUGGCUCAUCAACACCGACUUCUACCACUCCAAAAACCAAAAGUAGUAAUCAAAAUGACGUCAUAGUUACGUCAGACGUUACCGAGCAAGACUUUGCCUCAUCGACAACAAAGUCAAAGAAAGCAUCAUCACAAACCAAUGGAACUGCGCAACCUAUCAAGCCCAAAUCCAAUGGUACAACGCAACAUCAAGUACAGCAACAGAAUACCACAACGCAGCAUCAAGUACAGCAACAAAAUGGUUCAGCAAAGUCUUCGAGUGGGGUUAACGUUGUAUUAUCAGCUAAAUCUUCAUCAUCGAGCAGGUCUCGAAAAGACGACAUUAUUGUUGAAAACGUCGAGGAAAUUGCAGGGGAUAAUGUCAAACCAAAGCCAUCCAGGAAAAAGAAAGCGCAAAUCAUGUCUAAUCCUGAUAUGUUUAAGAACAUAGACAGUCACGUUGCAAGAACACCAGCUUCUGCGUGUAGCUCAAUACCAACUCUGACCGAAUACCUGAUAAAGCCCGCCCGGACACCACUGGAGAGAGCCCGGGCCAUAUACAAAUGGGUCACGACAAAUAUAGCGUAUGAUGUCGAUGGGUACAUGGGAAGAAGCGAGAAGAAAUCGUGCGAUUCUGGAAAUGUCCUCCAGAGCCGAACCAGCGUUUGCUCUGGAUACAGCAAUCUCUUCGAAAGUCUUUGUCGAUGCGCCCAUGUACCUGUAAAGGUCAUAAACGGAUAUGCGAAGGGAUUCAGUCACAAAAACAAGGACGAAAUUGAUCUUUCUACUCUGCAAACUAACCAUGCCUGGAACGCCAUCUUUGUUGAAGGAGAAUGGCGAUUGGUGGAUUGUACGUGGGAUGCUGGUUAUAUCGAUGGCAAGUCUUUCCACUGGCGCAAGAAAGACUACUACUUUCUUAUGGACCCCGAAUACUUUAUAAGCACGCACCUGCCAUACAUGAACAACGAUCUGACCACUAGCGAAACAUGGCAGCUAUUGGAUAAACCUGUGGAUCCGAAAACCUAUUUCAAAUCUGUAAAAUUAGAGGAAGGUUCCGUAAACUUUGGAGUAUUCCCUCGUUCUCAUAAAGACACUAUAAUACACAUGAAAGGAGAAGUUUGUAUAGAAAUACAAAAGUUUACCUCCGGAGAGAUUGAAGAUACAUUAUUAACAUUCAAGAACGAAGAAGGUACAAAGGAAUACAAAGAUUGCGUAGCUACGGAGAGGUCCGGAAAUGACAUCAUCAAACUUCACGUGCGGCCACCUAAACCUGGAAAUUACAAGCUUAACCUGUUUAUCUAUGCUACCGGAGAAAAGAAAGAAUGGCCACAACUGUUCAAUUAUGAAAUUAAAUGCGACAAAGUUAUGGACAAUUUGGUUCCGUUUCCAGACUAUCGACAGAUAUAUGGCCCCAAACCGGAAUACAAAGAGCUAGGGUUUGGAGAGGGUGUUAAAGACCAAUCUUUUUACACCACUAAUUCGGGGGAAGUGGAAAUUGUACUUCCUACUCUUCGACAAAUGUCUGUUCUUUGUACACUAGAGGACGCAAAUUCCAACAAAAUUCAAAAUGCCGUGUUUCAACAAUCCACCGAGAACUCAAUCUUCUUGUCAGCAAGGCUUCCUCAAAAAGGAUAUUAUAAACUUAUCAUAUUUGCUGAAAAAGAGAAUAAACAUGUUGUAGGAAUAACAUACAUGAUAUACUGCUCCAACAUUGUCGGUAAAUUCAUGGCUUUUCCGGUCCAAUAUGGAGGCAAAGCCACUGAAUAUCGAGUAAUACUUCAUGAACCAAAAGUGAAAGAAAUUCCCGCCAAUAGUACUGUAGUUUUUCGGUUUUCUUCACCGAUUUUAAAAUCUGUUCAAGCAGGAUCAAAAGUCUUUAAGAAAACAAACGACAAAGACGACUGGGAAAUCAGUGUUGAUACCCCUGAAGCAGGAUCACAGUUCAAUUUGUUUGGAAGUGAUGAAGAAAGCGGAACUAGAAGUGGGCUAUUCGGGUACAUUACAAAAUAAUCUAGAAAUACAUGUAUGGCAAUCACACAUCCAACAGCCUUUAACUUGUGCACUAACAUUUAUACCUAUAGAUAAUUUUUGUUUUGUCAAAUCUAAUGCUUUUCUCUUAAUAGGGUUGAAAUUUUCAUGCGCAUCAAACAAAAAGUUUUAUAAAAGAGCCCAGUCUUAAAUAACAAAAUAUACUUCAUGUUAAUAACACAAAUAACGAUUUUAAAAACUUAUAGAACUUUUUAAUGUUGUACAAUGUAUGUAAAAGAGUAAUUUUAUUUCGUGUACUAAUAAAGUAACAAUUUUUCUCAGAAUAUUUAUGUGUUUUUGUUUACUGCAGUGUUACAUAUAUAAUGUAAAAAGUCAUGCAACUAAAAUGUCUAGAACAAUAAAAAUCUUUCAAUGAAAUUUCACAAAAAAGUUGCUAAUUACACGCUCAUAAAAAUCAAGUGACUGAAAAAUUUUAAAACACUGAAUCGUGGUAUAUAAAGAAAUUCUAUCAAACACAAAUAUAUAUGUUAUGAUUUGGGUAGUUAGUGAUUUGCUUUUUAAAAAAAAUCAGAGUACAGCACAUCUAAAGAUAAAAUAGAUCAAGUAAAAUUAGAGAAUAAUUGUAAUUCUAUCCAUGUGUAAAAUUGUUUUAUUUUUUGAGCCAUUAAGAAGACUAGAUGGUCAACAAACUAUUCAUCAUAUCUACCGUAAAUUUUUAGAAAUGAUGUUUAAAAGGAAUGAAUGGUCAUGGCCAUUUUUGGACUGUACUGAUCUUCUAAAGACGGAUAACUUAAUAUAAAAGGGAAUCGUCAACUAACUUCACCAUCUUUAUUACUAAAAGAAAUCUGAUUCAUCGAUAUAAUCUUUCAAAAAAAGUACAUAAAUUAAGAUUUAAUGAAUAAAGAGCCAUGUUGAUAGAAAACACAAAAAAGAUGUAUGUACAGCAGAUUAAUGCUGCAUUUUAACUCAUCGUCAACAGAGAUCUUGGCUGUCAGAUGAUGCCUAAAAUCAUGAGAGAAUUACAAAAAAGUAUAUAAACACAACCGACUAUCAGGAAGUGAAAUAUUUGAUUACAUGUAAGCAACAUUCAGUUAGGUCAAACGGAGAGAAGUAGUACAUGUGUGAUCUGGAAAAUUUUACCCCAAGAGCAUUUGUUUUUAAUUUGAUUAAUACAUGUAGUAUCGGGUAUAGGUGUUUUGUUGAAUACGAAAUUAAAUUAUACCCAUGCACAUACGGUCAUGCACAUCGUAGCAAACAAAGUCCGUCAUAAAGCAUACUAUUGUACACACAGUGUGUCUUUAAGUAGACUUUACACUUUUCACACAAUGCUAUUCACAAAUGUCGUUCACACUACUGUGAGAAAAACCCCUAAGACUAUGAA